GCUGAGACCAGCAGGAGGGGCAGCUCUGGAUGUGGUUUCCGAAUGCUUCUGCGAGCUGUGAGAUAAGAUGCAGUGUGAUUGCAAGGAAAGGGAAGGUUUCCCACGUGCAGUCUCACUGUAACCUCCCACGAUAAGUAGGCGAGAGGCACAAAUAAAGACGCUCGCCUCAGUUUAUUCAGAGCGAAGGGGAUCUCCGACAGGGAGCUGCGUUGAUCUGCACCAAUGGUCUGGACCCAACCCUCCUGCACUUUCCUUGUCUCAAUUCUUUUCCUCCUCUGUGCAGCAUUCUGCUCCUCACAGGAAGAAAGCUCAGGAGAUGAUGGCAGGGGAAGAAGUCUCGUCUAUGUUAAUAGUCCAACAAAUGGACGUUCCAAGGUCAUUGAGGGAGUGUUGGAUAAAACCGCCAAGUAUUACUUGACCACGGCUAUUACAACGACCGUGAUCCCUUCUCUCUAUAUCAUGGUCUUCACCUUUGGCCUCGCAGCUAAUGGGUUGGCUCUGAUCAAUCUCAUCAUCAAUAUCCAGCGGAUGCCCUCCACCAUCUUCCUGAUGAACCUGGCGACGGCCGACCUCCUCCUGAUCCUGGCGCUGCCCUUUAAAAUCCACUAUCACUUCCAGGGCAACAACUGGGUCUUCGGCGAAGCUCUGUGUCGGACGGUGACCGCCUUCUUCUACGGCAACAUGUACUGCUCCGUCCUCCUCCUCACCUUCAUCAGCAUCGACAGGUACUGUGCCCUGGUCCACCCGUUCUACUCCAAGCGCUUCAGGGACAAUAGGUUUGCUGCGGCGACCUGCUUGGUCAUCUGGGCUCUCGUUGGGCUCUCUGUCAUACCCUUUCUCCUCCAGAGACAGGUGUACCCAUCCAAGGAGUUGAACAUCACAACCUGCCAUGACGUCUUGCCCGAAGACAUACAGCAUGGCUACUUCUUCUACUACUUUGUGUGCUUGGUUGUCUUUGAGUUCCUCAUUCCCUGCCUUAUAACUAUAUUCUGUUAUGUAUCUGUCAUCAAAACACUGAUGGCCAAGAGUGACAAAUAUAUCAAAGCAAUAAGGGCCAUAAUCCUAGUGCUGGUGGUCUAUGUGGUCUGCUUUGCUCCUAGUAACAUCAUCUUGCUCAUCCAUUUCUCCCAGUUUCACCUGGUGGGGAACAAUCACCUGUAUUUGUGUUACGCCAUCUGCCUUGUAUUCAGCACCCUCAACAGUUGUAUAGACCCCUUCAUUUAUUACUAUACGUCUGAUGAGUUUCGCCACAGUGUGAGAAGCAUUAUUUCUUUUCGGAAGGAGAAGAGAAGUGAGGAUUCCAGGAAAACCAUUAUCCGUGUAGAUUGCACAUCGACAUCAAAGACAGUUUAGUUUAGUUUAGAGAUGCAGCAUGGAAACAGGCCCACUGCACCGACCAGCGACCCCCCACACAUUAAUACAACCCUACACACGCACUAGGGGCAAGCUUACAUUUCACACCAAGCCAAUUAACCCGCAAACCUGCACGUCUUUGGAGUGUGGGAGGGAAGCAAAGAUCUCGGGGGGGGAAACCCACGCAGGUGGCGGGGAGAACGUACACACUCCGACAGACAGUCAUCCGUAGUCAGGAUUGAACCCGGAUCUCUGGCGCUGUAAGGCAGUAGCUCGACCACUGCACCAACCAUGCCGCCCGACAUUGGCAUCUUAGAGGGAGAGAUCUAACUGGAACAAACGCAAAACGGUUUGGAUCCGGAGAAACUAUUGGGUUCGAUAGGGAAUUCAAGGAGAUGUGAAUGAAAUAAAGCCAUGGAAAGAUCAGCUUUUUGUUUAUUAAUAGAGACAUUGAAUACAAGAACACAGAGGGAAUGUAUACAACAUGUUGCCUGGGUGACAAUUUGGUGAUGCUGUCUAGUAACGGGCUUCAUUGUUGAGAGAAUAUCAAAGCAAGAAGAUGCCCGCAAUGCUUGCUGCAAUAUUUGGGAAGCUGAAGCAAAUAUCGGAUUGCUAUAGAAUUUUGGGAACAUCGAAGGUCUUGGGAUUAGCUUUGGAAAUGCACAAGCAUUGAAAAGAGCAGUGGUCUCAGUCUGGAACUGAUACAAGGCCAUUUGGAGAAAGGAUAUUUUGGGGAUUAAUAUUUGGGGCGGGAGGGGUUAGGGCUUUGAGAUAAGCUUUAAUUUUGAAUAAGGGCUAAAGCUGAUUAGGGGCUAUAGAGAGAGAGGGUAAUAGGGUUUGUUUGGUGUGGUUCUAGGCCACUGCCAUGCGGUGAACCUAUUCACUUCUAACUUCAUACUUUUAAAUUGGCCAUAGCUACAUUCAUUUGUCAUGUUAGCUACUAGCAGCAGUCUGAUAUAUUUCUUUCCUGUAAUUCUUCCAGAAUGCUUUCUGAACUUAGAGCCAUACAGCGUGGAAACAGGCCCUUCGGCCCAGCUUUCCAAAGCCGACCAACAUGUCCCAUCUACACAAGUGUCACCUACCUACGUUUGUCCCUUAUCCCUCUAAUCCUAUCCAAUCCAUGUACCUGUUUGAAUGUUUCUUAAACGUUGCAAUAGUACCAGUCUCAAUCACCUCCCUCCACAGCUCAUUCCAUACACCAACAACCCUUUCGACGUCACACCUCAGGCUCCUAUUAAAUCUUUCCCCACUUACCUUAAAUCUAUGCCCUCUGGCUCUCGAUUUCCUUACUCUGGGCAAGAGACUCUCAUGACUUUAUUCACAUCUAUAAGAUCGCCCCUCAUGCUCCUGCGCUCCAUGGAAUAAAGCCCUAGCUGACUCAUGCUCUCCCUAUAGCUCAGGCCCUCUAGUCCUGGCAACAUCCUCGUGAAUCUUCUCUGCAUCUUUUCCAGCUUGACAACAUCUUUCCCAGAACACGGUGAUCGAAACUGAACGCAAUACUUUAUAUGUGGCCUCACCAACGUCUUAUACAACUGCAACGUGACCUCCCAACUUCUACACUCAAUACUCUUGAGACUGAUGAAGGCCAAUCUGUCGAAGGCCUUUUUGGUUAGCGUCGAGCAAAGAGAGUCUGUAAGUGAUCAUGGAAAAUGAGAGAAAGAGAGAGAGAGAGAGAGAGAGAGAGAGGAGAAAGAGAGUAGGAUAAAAAAUAGAGUGCAGCAAAAAUGAGGAGCAAAGAAUCACAAUUUCAGGACAUCAGGAAAAUGAGGUUCCAUUUAUCCAACUACCAACAAGGCAUGUUUCAUCAUUAUUCCUUACAUUCCCUCGAUCUAAUAACUCACACACUCUCCCUUACACAGUACAAACACACAAUGUGCAGGAAGGAACUGCAGAUGCUGGUUUACACCGGAGAUAGUCCGAAGAAGGGUCUCGACCCGAAAAAUCACCCAUUCCUUCUACUCCAGCGAUGCUGCCUGUCCCGCUGAGUUACUCCAGCGUUUUGUGCCUAGACACAUGAACACUGCUGUCUGAAACUGAGGAAAAGUGAAGCUGAGAGAAUCUCAAUGGCUUAAAGCUCUUGCGAUGCAAAUGGAUUUAACAUCACACCAGAUACAUUUAUUUCUUCCCAAACACUCCCUUUAUCAGAUUGUUAUUAUAUUUUAUAUUAAAUUACAUUCUAUUUUCAUAAAAUGUAUUUAGCCAAAGUUUGUAUUUUCUAAUGCUAACAGGUGCUUUCUCACUUUAUGUAAAAGCUAUUGUCCUGUGGUAUUAAUAAAUGACUCUCAUAUCCAUU